UUGCACUAAUUAUGCGAACGAAUAUAUUAGUUACACUUCACAAUAUAAUUUACCGGCCGCGUCGAAAUCAUGAUUCACUCAUUCAUGCAUAUUUCUCUCCUCAAUCUGCGGCUCACUACCCAUAAUGAGUGACCCUGGCUCCCCCUCUCCCGCUGAAGUAGAGAAUCUCGUGGUUCUUUUCGUGGGUUUUGCGUUUGCCACUUUCUUAUACGGCUUGAUGUUCUUUCGUUGGGACACUAUUGUAAUGCAUCCUGGCUUUAAACUUGAACUAUAUCUUACACACAUCCAGUGUCCUGGAUACCACUUCAACUGGCCUAGGCUAUAUCACUAUCUGAUAAAAAUGUUCGACGUGACAAUGGAUAUCCUGUAUGCAACACCAACUUUUUGCCCGCUUCUCAUUGUCUGCCGUAUCAAGAUACAAUAUCUCCUUUUGUUUGUUUUUUGCGGUGGUCCUACGAGUAUCACUUCGAGAUUCGUUGGCACGGUAGUGGUAUUCUGUGCCUUCAUCGCCUUUGUUUUCGGCUUAACUUCAGUAGGGCAAUUCUUCCAGCAAAGGCAGUUGUCCACAUUCGCUUCGCCCUCUAUGGCAGUGAGUGUUUUGGUUCAUCAAGAGGAUUCUUACCUGGAAUUGCAGAUUAUCGCUGGAAUCAGCCAAGGCUUCGCAUCAAUCACGAACAUCAUCAUUUUUAUUGCGAUGCGUUGGUCAUUGCGUCCAGCACGUUAUCCGGACAUGCUCCAGCCCGAGGGGGUGGUUGAAAACCUCGUUGUACUGUUUGUUGGCCGUGGCCUGGGACUCGCCAUCAUUCAGCUGGCGUAUCUUGGCACGUUUGUUGCAUCACCAGGAAAACCAUAUUGGAUAGCGAUCCAGAUGGUGACCCCCAGGAGCUCAUGGCAGAUCGUAGUCUACGCUAAUAUUGUCUUGGGACUCUUGACCACCCGGGAAGUCAAACACGGCGUCGGUCUCAACGAAGAAGACACCUUGUCUGAUCGACACGAUUCCCAAAACGAUGCUUUCCAAGGCUCGCUCCGCUUCCGCGGCAGAAAAGCAACGCAGCAGUCAUCGAGCUUUUCGCAACAAGGGGAGAACAGCAGGAGUACCGAAAUUUAUAUGGUCAAAACAGAAAUAGGUUUCAACUUUCAAAACUUUUUUCUCUUCUCGGGCUGGUACAUAUGUUAG